AUGGACACUCUUGAACUUUCAUUCUUUAACCAAGUCUUGGACAUUGGUAUCCUGCCAGACACACUCACUAAACUGUCUGUUGGGCCACACUUCAAUCACCCAAUCGCGCCAGGUGUCCUACCUUCUUCAUUGACAACUCUACUCCUUGGAUAUUGUUUCAAUCAACCGUUGGGAAAGGACGUCCUCCCACCAGGUCUCCAAGAGCUAUCAUUCGGGGACAACUUCAAAAUGGGAGGUCAAGUGGAGCUCCUCCCGCGGUCACUCAGAAGACUGUCUCUUAGGAACCUCCACACAAUCCUCUACCUCCAACCCGCACUGUUUAGAAGUGCCUGCUCUCCUCUAGAGGUUAGCGUGACUGGAUCCAUGAUCCGAAUCUUUGGAACAACCAUGUAUUACCACGAAACUCUCAAGUAUAUCAAGUAUCCCAUCAAACCUGAGAAUCGCUCGACUGGUAUCUCAACUCUUCAAUACCUCAUCGACACAUUCAAUGACAAGAUCAUUCGACCGAAACCAACUGGACAUGAUGGCGACGACAAGGGUGGAAAUGACGACGAUGGCAAUGAUGGCGACAAUGGCGACGAACAAAGUUGA